AUGCAUUUUACAGACAUAUUCAACAUUUUCUGGGACAACAAAGGCAAACUCAAGCAUGUGUUUUGUAAGGAUAUAAAUGUUUUAGUUGCAUUGUUUGAAGCCUCUCAAUUAAGCAUAGAAGAAGAUUAUCUUGACAGUGCAGGACAGUUCUGCAAUGACUAUCUUAACGAGUGGUCCUCGACGUUUCAAGACCAUGUUCAAGAUUACACUAUUAUAUUACCUAGUUUUCCUAAUCAUGUGCUUACAAGUUACAACAGUGGUUUGGCCGUUAUACUAAACACCCGUAUCAGUUAUAAUCACCAAACAAACUCAACAAAAUUAUGUAUAAUAUAA